GCUGUUCUCUGCUCUCCACGGCCCCGCCUCCCACUGUCACGCACGUCGAGUGUCACUGUGGAUGCAGUGUAAGUGAGCUCGUCCAACUUUACCUUCGGAUGGACUUUAUCGAAAAACAGAACACUUGCUCUUUUUGUUUUGUUCAUAAAGAGCUCGUGCCGUGCCGGGCACGUGCCCACCCAAACAGCAUCUUUUGGGAUAUUUUUCCUGCACUUUUCAGCAGCCCUCCUCUGCAGCAUGAAGUGCAGUUAUGGCCAGGAGUAGUAAGUCAGUCGCGAGGACCCUGGAGGAUUUGACGCUAGACUCAGGUUAUGGUGGAGCCGCAGACUCCUUCAGAUCUUCCAGUGCGUCGCUGUGCUGCUCGGAUGCACAUGGGGCGAAUUACUGGCAAUUAACCGACUCGAUGCACAGUCGACACAACAGCCUGGACACUGUUAACACGGUCCUGGUCGAAGACGCCGAGAUCCUGGAGUGCACCGUGCGGUGCGCCAAACUACCCGAGCUUGAGGAUGUGCCGUGGAGCCUCGGGGAAGUGGCGAGCGCACUGAACAAGGACGAGGAGAUGAGUCUGCCGACCCCGCCGCAGGACGUCCUGCACAGGCUGUCGGUGCUGGUCAGCCGGGCUCUGGUCAGGGUCGCCAAGGAGGCGCAGCGCCUGAGUUUGCGCUACGCCAAAUGCACCAAAUACGAGAUCCAAAGUGCCAUAAAGAUCGUCCUGUCGUGGAGCGUCUCGAUGAGCUGCAUCAGCGCGGCCCUCAGUGCCUUGUCUCUGUACAACAUGAGCACGGAGGAGGACAAGUUUAGCCGCGGUAAGUCCGUGCGCUGCGGACUCAUCUUCAACGUGGGGAAGUUCUUCAGGUGGAUGGUGGACAGCAGGGUCGCGGUGCGGAUCCACGAGCACGCCGCCAUCUACCUGGCUGCGUGCAUGGAGAGCCUUUUCCGCGAGGUGUACGCGCGGGUGCUGCGCAGUGCGCUACUGGAGCGAGAUAACGGGAUCCCCAAGUUCACCGUGGAGCUCCUGGAGCAGGCCGUCAACGGUGACGCGGAGAUGUGGGGCUCCCUGCAGCCGUGGCAACACCUCAUCUGUGGAAAGAAUGCAAACGGUGUGCUGAGUCUACCUGAGGGUCUGACUCUUCACAGGGAUCAUCACCAGCUGCAGCAGCAGCAGCGACCGGGGAAGAGCGGGGAGGCUCAGUCUGAGCUGCGCUCCACUGAACAGUGCUUACUGGCUACAAGAGUGGGCAGCAUCUCUGAGCUCAGUGACUUGGUGUCCCGAGCCAUGCACCACCUACAACCACUGUAUGUGAAGAAUCACAACAAUGGGACACCAAUCCAUCAGAAGAGCAGUGUGAUUCAGUGGUCACCUGAAGCCAUCUACACUCUGUGUUAUUUCAUGCACUGCCCUCAGAUGGAGUGGGAGAACCCGAAUGUGGAGCCGUCCAAGGUCACCUUACAAACAGAGAGGCCAUUCGUGAUGCUGCCACCUCUGAUGGAGUGGGUGCGCGUGUCUGUGGUUCACACCGAGCACAGACGCAGCUUCUCUGUGGACAGCGAUGAUAUUCGGCAGGCAGCCAGGCUCCUGCUGCCUGGAGUGGACUGUGAGCCUCGCCAGCUCCGAACGGAUGACUGCUUCUGUGCCUCGAGAAAACUAGAUGCCGCAUCUGCCGAGGCAAAAUUCCUGCAGGACCUGGGCUUCCGUAUGCUCAGCUGCGGACGCACAGACCUGGUGAAACAGGCCGUCAACCUCCUUGGGCCGGAUGGCAUCAACAGCAUGAGUGAGCAGGGGAUGACACCACUGAUGUACGCCUGUGUCCGCGGAGACGAGGCCAUGGUGCAGAUGUUGCUGGAUGCAGGGGCUGACAUUAACAGCGAGGUGCCAAACUCAGUGCACAAGCACACCUCAGUCUUUCCCGAAACGCGGCAGGCGACGCCGCUCACAUUCGCUGUGUUACACGGACAUGUGCCUGUGGUGCAGCUGCUGCUGGAUGCCAAAGCCAACGUGGAGGGAUCCCUGCAGGACGGGAUGGAGAACUACACAGAGACGCCACUGCAGCUGGCUGCUGCUGCAGGAAACUUUGAGCUGGUGAGUUUGCUGCUGGAGCGGGGAGCUGAUCCCAUGGUGGGCACUAUGUACCGUAACGGUAUCUCCACGGCACCACAGGGAGACAUGAACUCCUACAGUCUGGCAGCAGCUCACGGACACAGAAAUGUGUUCCGUAAGCUCCUGUCCCACACAGAGACAGGGAAAGCAGAUGUCUUAUCCCUGGAGGAGAUUCUGGCUGAAGGUUCAGAACUGGAAGGUAGAAGUCCGUCUCAGAUCGACCUGAUCCGAGCGGGGAAGGCGAAACUUAAAGCCUUGAAAGAAGCCAUGUAUCACAGCUCGGAGCACGGACAUGUGGACAUCACCAUAGAUAUAAGAAGCCUUGGGGUCCCGUGGACUUUGCACACCUGGCUGGAGUCUCUGCGGACAUGUUUCCAACAGCACCGCCGACCUCUGAUCCAAGGUCUUCUGAAAGAGUUCAGCUGCAUCGAGGAGGAGGAGUACACCGAGGAGCUCAUCACACACGGCCUGCCUCUCAUGUUCCAGAUCCUCCGAGCCAGCAAGAAUGAGGUGAUCAGCCAGCAGCUGUCUACAAUCUUCACCCAGUGUUAUGGCCCUUACCCCAUCCCUAAACUGGUAGAGAUCAAGAGGAAGCAGUCGUCACGCCUUGAUCCUCACUUCUUGAACAACAAAGAGAUGUCAGAUGUGACAUUUUUGGUGGAGGGGAAGCCUUUCUAUGCCCACAAGGUGCUGCUCUUCACGGCCUCCAGCAGGUUUAAAUCUCUUCUAGCAAACAGACCUUGUGGUGAAAACACAUGCAUCGAAAUCAGCAAUGUUAAAUAUCACAUUUUCCAGCUGGUGAUGCAGUAUCUCUACUGUGGAGGAACAGACGCUCUGCACAUCAGGAACACUGACAUUAUGGAGCUUCUGUCUGCCUCCAAGUUCUUCCAGUUGGAGGCAUUGCAGAGACACUGUGAAAUUAUCUGCUCCAAGAACAUCAACACAGAAACGUGUGUGGAGCUCUACAACCACACUAAGUUUCUCGAUGCUCCAGACCUGGCCUCCUACAUAGAAGGCUUCUUCCUGAAGAACAUGGUGAUGCUGAUCGAGUUGGAGCCAUUCAAGCUGCUGCUGUACGACGCACCUCCAGACAGUCCCGGCGCUGACAUCCUACAGGACCUGGAGAAAACUCUGGCCACCCGCAUCCACUCUAUCCACCUGUCCUCCUCCAAAGGAUCCAUUGUCUGAUCUCCCGAUCCUCACAGGAACAGAGAAUAUUAUUAAACAGAGCAACACCAGAGACGUGACACUUUAUUGAAAAGCAUCUCAUUGACGGCUCAAAAAACAGGACUCGUGAAGUAUCCAGUUAUUAAAUUCUGUCUCGGUCGCUAAUAUGCUUCUUGUUAUCUUAGCACAGAUGGUUCCAAGUCUGUGUGUCUGCCUUGUUGGUGUCUGUCUCCUACAAACUAACACUACGACGUCACAAUAUGCCAGUAAACAUCCCUAUUGCGCA